CCGCCACCGUCCCGAGACCCCCAGCGCACGGCGCGCCCUCCCUCGUGCGCCCCUCCGGCCCCCGCGGAGAACGAGAGGGCAAGCGAGCACGGCGCUCCCGGCCCAGCCCGGUCCCCCUGUCUUCACCACCGCCUGCCCUCCGCCGCCUUCCUUCGCUUCCACCUCCACUCCCCCCCCCCCAAGUAGAGGCCCCCUCCGGGGGGGGAGGCCCGGGUCCCGGAGCGGAUUCCCCCAACUCCCUCAGGCCCGCCCCCGGCCGGCCCGAGUGUGAGGAGGGCCCGGGCCGGCCCGCGUCGAGAGUGAGGAGGACCCCGGGCGGGCCCACGGGCCGUCUGGGGCCUGAUCCAUCAGGCCCCGCCAGGCGUGUGAAGACAGGGGCCCGGCCCGGCCCGAGGGCGAGCAGAGGGGAGGGGCCUGGUCCGGCCCGGCCGGUGCGCGAGGACUGGGGCCGCGGCCCCGCACGGCCGCCGCCGCCGCCGCCGCCGCGAUGGCCCAGCAGCAGAUGACCAGCUCGCAAAAAGCCUUGAUGCUUGAGCUGAAAUCCCUGCAGGAGGAACCGGUGGAGGGCUUCCGGAUCACCCUGGUGGAUGAGUCCGACCUCUACAACUGGGAGGUGGCCAUCUUCGGACCCCCUAACACCCUCUACGAAGGCGGCUACUUCAAGGCACAUAUUAAAUUUCCUAUUGACUACCCAUAUUCACCACCUACCUUCAGAUUCUUGACCAAAAUGUGGCACCCCAACAUUUAUGAGAAUGGAGAUGUAUGCAUUUCAAUUCUUCAUCCGCCUGUAGAUGACCCACAGAGUGGAGAACUGCCCUCUGAAAGGUGGAAUCCUACUCAGAAUGUGAGGACUAUCCUGUUAAGUGUAAUCUCACUGCUUAAUGAGCCCAACACCUUUUCUCCAGCCAACGUGGACGCCUCAGUUAUGUUCAGGAAAUGGAGAGACAGUAAAGGAAAAGACAAGGAGUACGCUGAGAUCAUUAGGAAACAGGUCUCGGCCACUAAGGCUGAAGCAGAAAAGGAUGGAGUGAAGGUCCCCACAACCCUGGCAGAGUACUGCAUCAAAACUAAAGUGCCUUCCAAUGACAACAGCUCAGAUUUGCUCUAUGACGACUUGUAUGACGACGACAUCGAUGAUGAAGACGAGGAGGAAGAAGAUGCCGACUGUUAUGAUGAUGAUGAUUCUGGGAAUGAGGAGUCGUGACAUGUUCCUUCAGUGCCCCUGUACUGCCCUGACGUCUCAGGCCAAAGGGAGGGGAGCAAGUGGGGAUCUAUGGUGGCCCCUCAGCAAAAACUUACUCAUGGGGUGGGGAAACACACAGCUCCUGCUGACUCCCCUGAGGAUCUCAGUUUGCUCCUUUUUAUGGACCUUACUGGAGAGAAAGUGCCCUCCACGGAAUGUCUGAAUUCUUGCGUUCUUGACCCUCUCAUCACUGUAUUGAUUCUUUUUAAAAAACAAAAACAGCCACCACCCUUCAAACUCCCACCUCACUUCAUCUCUGCAGAAUGUUCACAGCAAAACACUUUUGUCUGUUUUUAGAUUCUCGAAGAUUAGUCUGUUUAAGACAUUAAUGUGUUUAAAGCUGGGGACCACUGGGAGUCCACAAGUGCUGCAUAUAUUGGGUAGCAAAAGAAAAUGGGGGAAAAAAAACACAAAACCAAAAAAAACAAAAAACAAACAAACAAACAAAAAAAAACCAAAAAAAACCCACAAAACAAACUUUAAAAAAAAAAAAGCCAAUUUGCCAAGGUUUAGCUGCUCCUUUCCAUUAGUGCGUGUGCAUUUGUUCAGCCCCGUGGUGGUGAAUUUUGUUUCUUUCCCUUCCUAAGGCUGGGAUGCGGUGGGCAUCAGGGACUUAUUCUUGCUAAGCCUGAUGAAAUGUGCUGCUUCUGCCUCUGUGACAUCGUCCCAACAUGGAGGCUACAGCUACUCUGAGGAGAGAAAUCAGAUUUUGUUUUUUGGAAUCGAUUGGGAUCUAAAGCCUGAAAUAAAUAUUCAUACUUUACAUAGAACUGAGCACUUGGUUGCUAUUUAUUUUAAAGGUAGGGUAACUUUUUUUCUACCAACGAGGGGGGCAGGUGGGGGCGGGGGGAAGUGGAGGUUAGUGUGUGGAUUUUUAGUUGUGAUAACAAAGAAUUAAAAAUUAUAAAAUUAUACCAAUUUGGUUGAUGCUGCUGAGGGGGAGUGAAAAGUACUAGUGGCCACUGUUGGGAGCGGAAACAUCUCAGAAACUCUCACAUGAAGUUUUGUUUUUUUAUUUAAGUAGCCACUUUGAAUUAUUCAGUAUUAAUCCUAGGUGCAUGUGUUAAGAUUUUGGUUUUCAUUGAGCUGCUUAUACUGGUAGUGAUCGUUGUGGCUGUGUGUGACUUGGAUAUGAUCUGGAGGUUUUUCUCUUCUCAGUGUGCUUUGCCCAUGGCGCUUCCCGGGGCCUCUGUUUGGGCGGGGCCCCAGUUGACUGCAGGCAUUUCUAGUAGGCAGCUGUUGGCAACUGUUUCCCAGAUUUGAGCCAAGAUUGAGCUCCAGCCUUCACCAGCCAGGGACUUCACGUUUGAAAUGAGAUUUCUGUUCCUGGUGUAGCAAACUGCUAUGAUGUGAAACCAGUUUUCAGGAUAGGAUGUUAAGAUCUUGGAGCGCCAGUGUCCAUUCUUACCUUCAGAUCACAGCUCAGAAAGAAACCAAAGGGCAGACAGGAACUGGGGAGGACGGAGGAGGGAGGACGGAUCCUCCACUGUCCAGUAGGCAGCCCUGCCUUCCAUGCUUCCUCCUCCUUUCUGAUCUCAGGGUUUUCAGUCACUCUUCAAACGCUCCUGAAUGAAUGCUAUUUCCCAGCUGUUCUCUGGCCUCUAAAGUUUGCUCUGUUAUUAAAUGAGAAUGUUGAGACUGGUCCUGAAAUAACUGACUCAGGAACAUGGCUGCUGUGCUGUGUGGACGACAGUAAGGAGGAGAAGUUCCCAGAGGCACUCCUUGGUGUCCCCAGUGCUCCCUAGCCUGCAGACCUGGAGGCAGACCCUGUGAGAGUGCCCAUCUUCCUCCCCCUGCGCCCACCCCGAAAGUUACAGCUAGUAGUUGGCUCUUCCUCUCUUGGCACCCUAAACACAAGCCUUUCGUGCUAAAGGAUCUCACACCUGGACAUGCUAGACACCUUGGCAUUGUGGGAGGUGCCCUGCUGGCCUGGGUUGCAGGUUGACUCAGGGAGCCAGAGAGGCAGGUUGAGGUUGAGGUGGACCUCGUGACAUUGCUGUUGAAGGCACGGUUGGAAUAGUGCAGGCUAUGCUGACCGGCAACAGUUGGCCGUCACAGACUUUGAGAACACGCCCUGUGGAAAACCACUCGAGUGUUUUUUCUCUUGGGAGUAGAUGGCGGUCUCGGCUGCAGGUAGAGCCCUCUGAGUAGAGUUGGUCACUUGGUGUGGAAAGAACAAGGUUUUAGUCUACCCCCCCCCCCCGGGUGAGUGCUGUUUACUUCAUGUCUCCUCAGGCUGAGUGGACGGUGUGUAGUGUCACGAGGCUGGUGUCGCUUCUCAAAGUCCCCCCACUUCUCUCAUCAUUCCAGAGUUCUCCUAGCCACACUAUCUCCUUCUGUAGUCUUCUUGGCCCUCUCCUGGCCAUUCUUUGCUGGUUCCCUUAUGUUUGAUCCUGUCCAUUGGAAGGGAAGUGCACAGCUCUCUGGGAAGAGUGCCCUCCCUCCCGCCCUGAUCCACAAGGUUUACAUUUACAACUAAAAAGAUGCAGAUGCAAUUCAACUGAAACCAGCGGACACACCCGACUUUAAUAUUCGUUUUCUUAGCUAAAAUUGUAGACGGAUUUUCAGUUUAACUUAUGAGAAGUUUAUCCCUUGCAUUUUGUGUUGACUCCCCCUUAGUGAUUUUGUCUUUUUCUGCCCAUCUGUCUACUAAUAAAAACGUGAA